GACUCGAAGCAAAUAGCUGUGCCCUUUCGAAAGCGACCCGAGUUACUAAAUUCAUCGGAGGCAAUCAAGAAACCACCACAAGGAAUCAAUCACAAUGCCACACUCUUCAGAUCACAACCAAAAAGUCCGAUGUCUUCUUUCCCCCCAAGAAUUGCAGCUCCAGUCCAGAUUCAUUGCUUCACAGAUAUCUUGAAGGGUGUACUUAAUCUUUGAUGGAAAGGAUGAACUAUAUGAACUCCUCAGCAGGCUCUGGAAGUAGAACGGCUAGAAGAAGUUUUGAGUUUGGGAGAACCUAUGUGGUGAGACCAACAGGAAAACACCAGGCUACCAUAGUUUGGCUGCAUGGCCUUGGAGACAAUGGUUCCAGCUGGUCCCAGCUUUUGGAAGGCCUUCCUCUUCCCAACAUAAAAUGGAUAUGCCCAACAGCCCCUAUUCGUCCAGUAGCUAUACUUGGUGGAUUUCCCUGCACUGCUUGGUUUGAUGUUGGAGAACUCUCAGAUGAUGGCCCAGAAGAUUUUGAGGGGCUGGAUGCAUCAGCUGCACACAUAGCAAACUUAUUGUCAGCUGAGCCAGCAGAUGUUAAACUCGGUAUUGGAGGCUUCAGCAUGGGUGCUGCUGCCUCCCUCUACUCAGCCACUUGCUUUGCCCUUGGAAAAUAUGGAAAUGGAAAUCCUUAUCGUGUCAACUUGAAGAUCGUUGUUGGUCUAAGCGGGUGGCUUCCUGGCUCAAGCGAUGUGAGCAAUAAGAUUGGUGAAUCGCGUGAGGCCACAACACGUGCUGCAUCUUUGCCUAUCAUGCUUUGCCACGGGACAGGGGAUGAAGUGGUUCCUAGCAUAUAUGGAGAGAGGUCUAGCAAUGUCUUGAUCUCAGCUGGAUUUUGGAACCUCUCACUCAAAACAUAUGAAGGGCUGGGGCAUUACACGGUUCCAAGGGAGAUGGACGAGGUGUGUCUUUGGUUGAGCGCAUGGCUCGGGCUUGAAGGUUUGCGACAGUGAAAUCCUUUCACUCAAUGAUGAUCAUAGUAGUUGAAGAAUGGGGGUGGUGUGGCAUAAGAAAUAAAGAGAAAAACAAAGAAGUGAAGAGACUACAUACACUCUAUAUAUAGUUGUUGCUAAGGGGGUAGGGGGUGUUUGGAUGCUUGCUCUAGUGAUGAGUGUAAUUG